AUGAAGCUGGAGGCAGUUGUGGAACAGCUGCAGAAGCAGCAGCAGCAGCAGGUGGCCCCUCUGCCCAUGGAGUCCAGAGACCGGCCCCAGAGGCAGGUGAGAGAGAAUCAGCUGCAGUUCCCCCAACAGAUGACGGUCCAGCAAGCUGGCCUGGCUGCCACAUCCGGCAAAGUUUCCGGUGGGCCCAUCCUCGGACCUUCAGCUAGAGUGCCCCCUGUCCUGGGGGCUUCUCGGACAUUUGAUCAGAGUGCUCUGAACUCAGAGGAAGAGGAGGAGGAGGAGGAAGAGGAGGAGGAAGAGGAGGAAGAAGAAGAAGGUGAAGAAAAUUCAGAAGAUGGUGAUCUGGAGGACAGUGCUCCCAGAACUGGCCAGGAUGCGCGGUCCGCUCUCAAAUACUUUCACGCUUCCAAAGUGGUUUCCCACAACCAAAGAGUGACUCCUUCCUCUAAGCUUCUCCCAGUUCUGGGGGUCCAGCGGAACCUCCAGGGAAAGGACGAAGUGGGGAGAGAAGCCCCCAACUCGCUCUAUUCCGGCCCCUCCUCUGGGAGACCAACGUGGAGACUGGAUGAGCAGCUCAAACAGAACGGGAACCUAACUUGGAGCGAAGAAGCCGACAGUAGCAGAGGAAGAGAGAUAUCUCGGGAUUUUGCCAAGUUGUAUGAAUUGGAUAGUGACCCCGAACGGAAGAAGUUCCUGGACGAUCUCUUCAUUUUUAUGCACAAGAGGGGGACACCCAUCAACCGCAUCCCGAUCAUGGCCAAGCAGAUCCUUGACCUCUAUAUGCUGUACAAGCUGGUGACCGAAAAAGGAGGCUUGGUGGAGAUCAUCAACAAGAAGAUCUGGAGGGAGAUCACCAAAGGCCUUAACCUCCCCACCUCCAUCACCAGUGCAGCAUUUACACUUCGCACCCAGUAUAUGAAGUACCUCUAUGCCUACGAAUGUGAGAAGAAGUCCUUAAGCUCACCUGCUGAGCUGCAGGCCGCCAUCGACGGCAACAGGCGGGAAGGCCGGCGGCCCAGUUACAGCUCCCCUUUAUUCAGCUUCUCCCCCGCAACCCCGGGACCCCCUUCGCUCCUGUGUCCCCCCAAGAUCCGCUUCCCCCUUGUUAGCCUCACCCCCAGCAGCACAACUAGCAACCUACACCUGUCUUCAGCAGGCCCUCUCAGGAAAGGUGAUGGCCUGCCUUUGACCACCUCCGCGCCAAAUCGCCUCGCCAUGCCCGUGAGCUUGGCCAACCAGCAGGCCACGGCAGCCACCAGAACGGCCACCUUGGAACAGUUGAAGGAACGGCUGGAGUCCGGGGAACCGGCGGAGAAGAUGGCGCGGAUGACGGAGGAAGAACAGCGCUUUGUCCAGCAGGCCUUCCAGAGGAACCUCUUCAGCAUGGCCCGGCAGCUGCCCAUGAAGAUUAAGAUCAACGGCCGAGAAGAUAAAUCAGAUUCAGCAGCAGCAGCAGCAGCUUUAAACUGGACCCCUUCUGGCUUCGGCAGCAUCAAUAUGUCAGUGGAAAUCAAUGGCACAAUCUAUGCAGGCGUCCUCUUUGCCCAAAAGCCCGUCGUCCACCUCCUUGCCGGCUCCAACACCCAGAGCACCGGCGGGGCCAACAGCAGCUCUCCCAGCCCCACCUCCUCCAGAGGCACCCCCAGCGCCGAGCCCUCCACCAGCUGGUCUCUCUGA